GUGCGUCUUUCCUUCAUCAGAUAACUGAUUAGAAAUCUGCAUGUUUAAAACCCCGCCUCUUCACUUUGAAAGCACCCUGACUGGAGCUCAGGUCAGUUGCGGACAUUGCAGAGUUUCAGUCACACGCACCAUGAAGACCUUCACCUUGAUAACAGCUUUAACUCUCUGCAGCUUUAGCUGGAUCUCUGUCUCAGGUUCUGAGUUUCAGACUGUGGAGGCUCAGCCAGGUGGAGAAGUCACACUGACGUGCUCCAACAUGUCCAGCGAUCCAUGUCCGACAUGGUGGUUCAGACUGGUGGACAGAACCAAGGCCAGCUGUAUCACUGUUAUGUACAAUGCUGACGGCGACGUUAAAUACUGUGAUGGAUUUCAAAAUUUGAAAUUUGAAAUGAGCUCCAACAUCUCCACUGUCUUUCUCAAAAUCAAACGCGUGGAUUUAUCUGACUCUGGACUGUAUUUCUGUGGAUUUUACUCAAAUGGCCGUCCAACUUUCAGUGUAAUACAUUUAAAUAUUAAUGAGACUGAUGAGACACAUGAUGACGUGGACAGCCAGUGUGAAAUAACAGCAAAGCUGACGAGUAUGAUCCUGGGCGGUCUGACUGUUUUGCUGGUAGCGGUCAUCAUCGGUCUGGUCGUUAAAGUCAGGAAGCUUCAGACAGCUGCCAGUGAAGACCAGAACCCACCACAGUAUGAGAAUGUGGACUGUGAUGAGCUGAGAGACGCAGAGCUGAGUUUGUAUUCAUCAGUGGGGAAGAGGAGGCCUGCCUCAGAGAGGGAAGUGAAGACUCGUGUUCAUGCUGCCAGCAGAUAGACGGCUUUUAUCAUAUUAAUCUGCUGCUGUGUUCUUUUGCGGGUGGACGGGAGAAGUUACUAUUCUCUUAAUGAAAGAAAUAUCAAAUACUCAAAUUAUUAAACGUGCUUUUACUAUCAUGUCUCUCUGUGUGUCUUGGAGGAGUGAGUGAGGUACACAUCACUUGUCAGACAGGAGGAGACAGCACUGAGAUGAAACCAGGAGGUCCGUUAACUCAAAGCUUUGUGGGAAUAAAAUCUGAAAUCGAGCAUUGAACAAAUUGUGUGCUGUCAUAAAAACAUAAAAUGCAUCAGUGUUAAUUUGAUGUGAUAUUAUAUCAUGCAUGUGUGUGAAGCUUUGCUAAAUGCCUGAAUAAAAAACAAAUGUUUUAAAAAUUGUUUUAUUGUUUUCUAUUUCUUAUAGACUCUUAAUUCUAAUAACUG